AUGCGCUCACUACUCCCCGCCGCUGUCGGGGCUCUGCUCCUUCCGGCUUCCAUGGCCCAGUUCGUCGGCGCAUCUGAUGGGAACGCAACAACGCCCAUUGGGGCCCCCGACGCGGACGGCAAGUACUGGAUCUCCAGCAAGUACCUCAAGGCUGCCUUCAUCCCCUACGGCGCCUCCAUAUCGAACCUGAUCAUCGAAGAUCAGUACGGCAUCCCCAGAGAUAUUGUUGCCGGUUUCGACAACGCCAGCUAUUACAGCAUUGACACCCAGCACCCUCACUUCGGCGGUGUCCCCGGCCGCUACGCGAACCGCAUCAAGAACGGUACCUUUGAGAUUGAUGGCGAGACUUACCACACUGACCUCAACGACAAUAAGGGCCUUGACACACUCCAUGGAGGCUCUGACGGCUGGGACUACCGCAACUUUACCGUGGUUUCCCAUACCAACAGCAGCAUCACCUUCUCCAUCACCGACCCAGACGGAAAAGAGGGUUUCCCCGGCGAAGUGGUGUCGCUUAUCACCUACACCAUCGUUGACUGGAACUGGGAGCUCAAGAUGGUUGCCACUGCGACCACCAAGAAGACGCCCAUCAUGCUCAGCAGUCACACAUACUGGAACUUGGACGGCUUCGCCAACAACGAGACCAACACGGCUCUCAACCACACUCUGCACAUGCCUUACAACGGCCAGAGAGUAGCUGUCGACAACAUCCUUAUCCCUACCGGCGAGAUCCUCGCCAAUUCCAAAGGCUCCGUGAACGACUUCUGGAGUGCCCCCAAGCAGAUUGGCGCCGAUUUCCUCAAGCCCGAACUUGAGAACAACUGCGGCCUGAACUGCACUGGCUAUGACAACUGCUGGAUCGUGAACCGCAACGAUCUAGGCCUCUACAACUGGCGCACCGAAGGAUACAUUGCCCGCCUGCAGUCAGCUUGGUCCGGUAUCCAACUCGACGUCUACUCUGACCAGGACGCCUUCCAAAUGUACAGCUGCAACCAGCAAGAUGGCUCUAUGGCCCUCAAGAAGACCCAGGGCCUGUUCGACGACCCCGACUACCCUCGCAUAAUCCCCAAAUACGGCUGCCUCGUCCUCGAAGUCCAGGACUGGAUCGACGGCAUCAACAACCCCACAUGGGGUCGCGGCAAGAAGCAGAUCUUCGAGCCCGGCGGUGACCCCUACGUCCUUCAGGCUAGCUACCGCUUUAGUGUCAAUUCUACUUCCGAGUAA